GUUAAAAGCAGACAUGCAGAGCAAAAUAAUCAUUAGUUUAACCUUUCUUGCUUUAGUUCGGUUUGUUUUUCCUAACAAACUUGAUCGAAUUAUCAAUGGGCACUACGCAUCUCCUAAGCAAUUUCCAUACCAAACAUUUAUGGACAAACUUGAUCUGUCUAACCUUCAUGGACCUAUUGGCUGGAGGCGUCAUUGCGGUGGAAUUCUGAUCUCCAGUAAUCUUGUCCUAACUGCAGCUCACUGCUUGGACAAACCAGAUAUAUAUGCUGUUAAAAUAUAUUUCGGUGCUCUAAAUCUCUGGAAUGUUACAGAAGAGGGCAAACAAAUAUUGGUAGUCAAAAGAGAUCAUUUUGUGAUACACAAUGAAUGGGAUAGAAAUAUAAUUGUUAACGAUAUCGCAAUGAUAAAGCUUCCAAUUUCACUUAUAUUAAAUGACUACAUAAAAUCUGUCCAACUGCCAAAUCCAGAAGUUCAAUACCAAUUCAGUGAAGCAAUUUCCUCAGGCUGGGGAAACAUCGACGACAAAGGAAACAUGGAUCCCAAAUUGAAAUACUACAAUCCCCAGAUUGUAUCUGAUAGUAAAUGCGAACACUGGUACAAGUCUUCAAUUGCAUCCGCAUUUCCGGCGUCGCUGAUUUGUAUAGCUCCAAAUGAGAACAGACCAUGCGGAGGAGAUUCUGGUAGUCCAUUAGUAAUUAGGCAAGAAUCGAACUUGGUGCUAGUGGGAAUAACAUCCUUUAUUAUUGGCGACAAUUGCGGGCCAAGUUACCCAGUCCUCUUUACCAGAGUUUCUUCGCAUCUUACCUGGAUUCGUGAUAAUGAAAAUCAAAUUUAAAAAAUCAAAAAAAAAAAUUUCUACAGACUAUUCUUUGAACUUUUUAA